AAAGGCUCAUCCGUCCACGUGAAGCAUCAAGAUCAACGCAGUUGUCGAAUCAGUGUCCAGCUUCCAAGUUUCAAAACCACUCCAUUUCUUUACCCUUCUCAAAUCUUCUCAACUUAAAACCACACCAUCCCUAUUCAUCCCCAAUCCCAAAUCCCACUUUCUUUCUUCUUUAAUCUUUAGUUUUAAGACUCAUAAUGGCUGAUUGGGGGCCGGUGAUUAUAGCGGUGGUGCUCUUCGUCCUGCUCAGUCCAGGCCUUCUCUUUCAGAUCCCAGCCAAAGGAAGAGUUGUUGAAUUCGGAAACAUGCAGACUAGUGGGGCUUCCAUUUUAGUCCACGCCAUCAUCUACUUUGGCCUCAUCACUAUCUUCCUCAUCGCCAUCGGUGUUCAUAUCUACACUGGCUAAAACCCAACUCCCCUCUUCUCUUUAAUCUACUCUGUACUGCCUUUUCUUUCUCUUUCUUGUUCUAUAAUCGAUGGAUUGUUGUCUGUUAUGUGACUUGUGACUUUUACUGUCUAGUUGGAGUUUCAACGAUUGCGAUUGUAAAAUUGGUUUGAUUUUAAACGCGAUUUAUAAAUUGAAUGGCU